AGUUGGAAAUGGAACUAGGCCUACAAUUACGAGUAACCUCACAUAAAAAAUCAGAAAAAAAUAAAGAGACAAAAAGUAACAGUGCCAUAUCUCAUAGUGACAAGAAAGACAAUAUGUCACACAGUGAGAAAAACACAAAAAAUGAUGGAAAGACGAUUCAUAAAGUUAGUGACAAGAAAACGAACAGAAUGUUUCAUAGUGAGAGAAGUUCUCAUAUUAAAAUAUUGCAAAGUGACAGGUGCUCUAAUGGCAAACUUCAUAAUGACAAAGACCAUAAUGACAAAGCACAUGAACAUGACAGCAAAAUAUUUCACAUUGACAAUGGUCACGUCAACCUUGAUGAACAGACAAUUUUAAAUGAUGAAGAUAUAAUAACAUAUUUAUAAUGUCCCAGGCCCUUAUUAUGCUAUCUGUUUAGCAGAAUUUAUUCUUAUAAAAUGACAAGGUGAGACUUUUGUGGUUUUUCUUUUGCUCUUUUGUGCAAAAAGACUCAUUAAAAUAAAUUGUGAUGACCUUAUUAACCAAUCACCAUUAAGCAGAGAAGACAUGUAAUGUGUAAGGGCCUCGUACACGAAAUGGUACACUACCCCG